AUGCGCCCGCUUACCGAGGAGGAGAUGAAGAACGUGCUGGAGAAGCUUUCCCACUACAUCGGAUCGAACAUCAAGCUGCUUGUGGAGCGUAACGAUGAGGAGUAUGUGUUCCGGCUGCACAAGAAGCGUGUGUACUACCUGGCUGAGGAUCUGAUGAAGAAGGCCAUGCAUGUGGCGCGGAAGCGACUGGUGGCCAUGGGCACGGCGCUGGGUAAGUUUACGGCGUCGGGCCGGUUCCUUCUGGAGAUCACAUGCCUUGACUACCUCGCACAGUAUGCACAGUUCAAGGUGUGGGUCAAGCCGUCGUCGGAGCUCUCGUUCCUCUACGGCAACCACGUGCUCAAGGCCGGGCUCGGCCGGAUCACCGACGGAACGCCCAAGAACCAGGGCGUGGUGGUGUACAACAUGCAGGACGUGCCGCUCGGGUUUGGCACGACCGCGUACUCGACAUCAGACUGCAGGCGGGUCGACGGUACCGCCAUCGUGUGCUUCAACCAGUCCGAUGUCGGCGAGUACCUCCGCGACGAGGACGGGCUCUCGUCGGCGUCAACCGCCAUGGACAUGGAGUAG